GUGGGACAGAACUUUAUCCCCUCGUCAGUUCCCAACACAUUCGCCCCAUCGCCCACUCCUGCUGUGCUCAGCAGCGGCCUCAACGACCUGUUUGAGCUCUCCACAGGCAUGGCCAUCACCACAGGAGGCUAUGUUACCCCAAAGUCUGUGAGUACCCACAGCUAAAUGCUUAUGUUGAUGUUCAAUGCUAAUGUUAGCCAGAGCUAAAUGCUAAUAUUAAUGCUAUAUGCUAAUGUUAAUGAUAUAUGCUAAUGUUAGCACUAUGUUGGGAUAAAGUAGAUUUUCAUCGCUGAGUUGGCACACCAGCAAGGGCAGAGAAUAAAGCUCAGAUAAAGCUGAUCAGAAUGCUAAUACUAACUCAUUAGCACCUAGCAAGCAGAGAAAUGCAUACAGAACCUUGAGCCCUGCAGCAAAGUCACUCUUCAUGUAGGACAGUGCAUAAAUAUAGUUAUGACGUUGUUUGGCAGGGGCGAAAGGAGGGGUGUGUUAAGUCCAAGUUGGCAUCAACAGGCUCCACCCUAGAUUCCUGUUCAAAAUGGUUCAUUUAGAUAUAUCAUACAGUUGAGUCAUGCAGAAGAGGCUCACAAAGUCCUCGCUGUGGUAUGUGUGCUGUUGAUUAGUACUUGUUGCUAUGUAGCAGCAGGACAUAGCAUUCUGUCCAAGGUAUCCAUCUUAAUUUACGGACUCCAUUCUCCAUCUCCCUUUGUGUCCGACUCAAUAAAAUUAAUGGGCAACACAGCACAGACACGUAGUUCAGUAAUUGUUGUGCAAAUCCUGUAUGACUCAGGUUGUCAUUUUCAAAUGACCUUGUGUGCUCUCUCUGCUCCCAGGUAUGGGUGAAGCAGUUUGCAUGUUCAUAUUUCUUUAUGUACUGUCUAUCUCUUCCCCAAGAUAUGGCUACCUGCAGUGAAAGCUAAAGGGCUGGAGAUCUCAGGCACAUUCUCCCGCCGACAGGGCCAAAUGUACAUGGACAUGACCUUCACCAACAAGGCCCUGCAGCACAUGACCGACUUCGCUAUCCAGUUCAACAAGAACAGGUGAGAGAGGGGGCGACUGGUAUCAAAUCCUAGAUGCCAUCUCUUGCCAUUGUGCCCUUAACCUCUUAAACUGCACUGUGGCUGACACUGUGUCUCAGGGACUUCGGAUAAAGAUGCAAGACAAUAUCUAAUCUGUACUAGCAUUCAAGGUCCUCUGUGGCCUCACUGUAAAAAAACUUCUCUCUGCCUUUUGUUCACACUAACCUGAUCCAAGCUCAUCGUGACUCUCCAUUCACUAUAAUCAUGGCCAUUCACUAAACACAUUGUUAAUAGAUAAUAGGUUAGUUCUCAGAAAUGAUCCACUUAGUGAAAGGGAUAUGGCUAUUUAUUGUCAUGUACUUCGCAAAAAUCGUACAAUGAGUCUAAAUGUGAGUCUUAGUCCCUGGGCAUACAUGGAAUGGUAUGUUAUGUGCACUCGGCUCCUUAUGUUGGUACAGUAUGGGAGCAUACUGUAUGAUAACUAAACACGACCACUACUCUGGAAUGCAGGGAAUUGUGAAUAGCAGACUUAUACACUGUGUAUAUAAAAGUAUGUGGACACCCCUUUAAAUUAGUGGAUUCGGCUAUCUUAGCCACACCCAUUGCUGACAAGUGUAUAAAAUCGAGCACACAGCCAUGCAAUCUCCAUAGACAAACAUUGGCAAUAGAAUGACCUUACUGAAGAGCUCAGUGACUUUCAACGUGGCACCGUCAUAGGAUGCCACCUUUCCAACAAGUCAGUUAAUACAAUUUCUGCCCUGCUAUAGCUGCUCCGGUCAACUGUAUGUGCUGUUAUUGUGAAAUGGAAACGUCUAGGAGCAACAACGGCUCAGCCGCGAAGUGGCAGGCCACACAAGCUCACAGAACGGGACCGACGAGUGCUGAAGCGCGUAGCACGUUGUAAAUCGUCUGUCCUCGGUUGCAACACUCACUACCGAGUUCCAAACUGCCUCUGGAAGCAACAUCAGCACAAGGAACUGUUCGUCGGGAGCUUUAUGAAAUGGGUUUCCAUGGCCGAGCAGCCGCACACAAGCCUAAGAUCACCAUGCACAAUGCCAAGCAUCGGCUAGAGUUGUGUCAAGCUCGCCGCCAUUGGACUCUAGAGCAGUGGAAACGCGUUCUCUGGAGUGAUGAAUCACGCUUCACCAUCUGGCAGUCGCAUGGACAAAUCUGGCUUUGGCGGAUGCCAGGAGAACGCUACCUGCGCCAAUGCAUAGCGCCAACUGUAAAGUUUGGUGGAGGAGGAAUAAUGGUCUGGGGCUGUUUUUCAUGGUUCAUAGUUCCAGUGAAGGGAAAUCUUAAUGCUACAGCAUACAAUGACAUUCUAGACGAUUCUGUGCUUCCAACUUUUUGGCAACAGUUUGGGGAAGGCCCUUUCCUGUUUCAACAUGACAAUGCCCCUGUGCACAAAGUGAGGUCCAUACAGAAAUGGUUUGUCGAGAUCGGUGUGGAAGAACUUGACUGGCCUGUACAGUGCCCUGACCUCAACCCCAUCGAACACCUUUGAGAUGAAUUGGAACGCCGACUGCAGGCCUAAUCGCCCAACAUCAGUGCCAGACCUCACUAAUGCUCUUGUGGCUGAAUGGAAGCAAGUCCCUGCAGCAAUGUUCCAACAUCUAGUGGAAAGCCUUCCCAUAAGAGUGGAGGCUGUUAUAGCAGCAAAGGGGGGACCAACUCCAUAUUAAUACCCAUGAUUUUGGAAUGAGAUGUUCGACGAGCAGGUGUCCACAUACUUUUGCUCAUGUAGUGCAUUUAGCUCCAGUCACCUGAAGCACUUAUUAAGACCCUGUUAUGCAAUUUAUGUUGUCUAGUUUCGGAGUGAUCCCCACCACCCCUCUGCCCAUCCACACUCCACUGAUGCCCAGCCAGAGUAUCGAAGUUUCCCUGCCUCUCAACACCAUUGGGCCAGUCAUGAAGAUGGACCCACUGAACAACCUACAGGUAAACUCCUACAUAUACUUUCUGGUUACGUAAGGCAUGCUAGGCAAGAGCAGCCUACCUGGUCUGCAAAAGAUAUCAUGAUUAAUCAGUCUCAGGGAUUUUCUGCCAUUUUAAUCCUUGGGCGGGCCGCCUAAGCGUUUCUUCGGUUCACCGAAGUCCAAACAGUGUAAAUAUGUAUAUAUUUUUAAUACAUUUUCUGGAUUGGAAAAACGCUUUCAGUGUAAACUUAAACGACUAAAACCAGAUAUAAAUUAAGUAGAAAAGAUAAUGUACCUACAGUGCCUUCAGAAAAGUAUUCAUACACCUUGACUUAUUCCACAUUUUGUUGUGUUACAGCCUGAAUUCAAAAUUGAUAACUUUUUUUUCUUCUCACCCAUCUACACACAGUACCCCAUAAUGACAAAGUGAAAAUGUGUUUCUAGAUUUUUUCGCACAUUUAUUUAUAUAAGGAUUUACACCCCUGAGUCAAUACUUUGUAGAAGCACCUUUUGGCAGCGGUUACAUUUUACAUUUUAGUCAUUUAGCAGACGCUCUUAUCCAGAGCAACUUACAGUUAGUGAAUGCAUACAUUUUCAUACUGGCCCCCCGUGGGAAACGAACCCACAACCCUGGCGUUGCAAGCGCCAUGCUCUACCAACUGAGCUACAGGGGUAGAAAGAUUACAGCUGUGAGUCUUUCUGUGUAGGGCGGCAGGUAGGUUAGUGGUUAAGAGCGUUGUGCCAGUAACCGAAAGGUCGCUGGUUCUAAUCCCCGAGCCGACUAGGUGAAAAAUAUGCCGAUGUGCCCUUGAGCAAGGCACUUAACCCUAAUUGCUCAUGUAAGUCGCUCUGGAUAAGAGCGUCUGCUAAAUGACUAAAAAUGUAAAUGUAAGUCUCUAAGAAUUUUCCACACCUGGAUUGUGCAACAUUUGCCCAUUAUUCUUCAAGAUCUGUCAUAUUGGUUGUUGAUCAUUGUUAGACAACCAUUUUCAAGUCUUCCAUAUAUUUUCAAGUAGAUUAAAGUCAAAACUGUAACUCAGCCACUCAGGAACAUUCACAGUUUUCUUGGUAAACUCCAGUGUAGAUUUGGCCUUGUGUUUUAAGUUAUUGUCCUGCUGAAAGGUGAAUUCAUCUCACAGUGUCUGGUGGAAAGCAGACUGAACCAAGUUUUCCUCUAGGAUUUUGCCUGUGAUUAGCUCCAUUCUGUAAUUUUUUUUAUCCUGAAAAACUCCCCAGUCCUUAACGAUUACAAGCAUACCCAAAACAUGAUGCAGCCACCACUAUGCUUGAAAAUAUGGAAAGUGGUACUCCGGAAUGUGUUGUAUUGGAUUUGCCCCAAACAUAACACUUUGUACUCAGGACAAAAAGUUAAUUGCUUUGCCACAUUUUUUGCAGUAUUAAUUUAGUGCCUUGUUGCAAACAGGAUGCAUAUUUUUGAAUAUUUUAAUUCUGUACAGGAUUCCUUCUUUUCACUCUGUCAAUUAGGUUAGUAUUAUGGAGUAACUACAAUGUUGUUGAUCCAUCCUCAGUUUUCUCCUAUCACAGCCAAUAAACUCUGUAACUGUUUUAAAGUCACCAUUGGCCUCAAGGUGAAAUCGCUGAGCGGUUCCCUCCCUCUCCUGCAACUGAGUUAGGAAGGACGCCUGUCUUUGUAGUGACUGGGUGUAUUGAUACAAUAUCCGAAGUGUAAUUAAUAUCUUCACCAUGUGAAACGGAGCCACUCUAUCUUAGUAUAUGUAGCCCAUGUGCAGGCUUCUCCCCAAAGAAAGUAAGAAGGGUGCUCUUUAAAAAUAUAUAUAUUUUUGAAACUUUAUUUGUUGUAAUUUUAGGCCAGGCACCACACCCGAAUUGAGUAUUUUUUGCUCUAGAUUGCAGGACAUGACAGUUACAGGUGUUAAAAUACUAAAGAAUCUCUGAGUCCAAAGGGGGUCACUUCCCCCUCCCUGCUGUACUCAACAGCACCACCACCUUGUUAAAGAAUCCUGGGAAGAAUCCUGCAUGUGUCUGAUGCUGUCUGGACAAAAAGAGUAUGACAUGUCAUAUUCUUUUUGGCCAGACAGCAUCAGAUACAUGGGCUAUAGAUACCAAGACAGAGGGGCACUGUUUACCUCGCUCAGAUGCUUUCUCUGGUGAAAUAAAUUCAGCCUCUUGCAAAAUGAAAGAAAAUUAAGAAACACUGAUUGACACGAAUGAGAAAUAAUUUUCAUUAACAUUUUGGGGGAAUCUUGGUUUCCCUUGGCAUCCAAGAAUACACACCACUUUGUAGGUUGAAUGUCAUUACUCUUAUGGUAUUUGUAAUACACUGAACAAAAAUAUAAAUGCAACAUGCAACAAUUUCAAAGAUUUUACUGAGUUACAUUUCAUAUAAGGAAAUCAAUCAAUUGAAAUAAAUAAAUUAGGCCCUAAUCUAUGGAUUUCACUUGAAUGGGAAUAUAGAUAUGUACCUGUUGUUUAUAGAUACCUUUAAAAAAACGGUAGGGGCGUGGAUCAGAAAACCAGUCAGUAUCUGGUGUGACCACCAUUUGCCUUCACAUAGAGUAAAUCAGGCUGUUGAUUGUUGCCUGUGGAAUGUUGUCCCACUCCUCUUCAAUGGCUGUGCGAAGUUGCUGGAUAUCAAAUAAAAUCAAAUAUUAUUUGUCACAUGCGCUGAAUACAACAGGUGUAGACCUUACCGUGAAAUGCUUACUUACAAGCCCUUAACCAACAAUGCAGUUUGAAGAAAAUAGAGUUAAGAAAAUAUUUACUAAAUAAAAUAAAAAAUAAAAUAAAAAGUAACACAAUAAAAUAACAAUAAUGAGGCUAUAUACAGGGGCUACCGGUACCGAGUCAGUUUGCAGGGGUACAGGUUAGUCGAGGUAAUUUGUACAUGUAGGAUAUUGGCGGGAACUGGAAAACGCUGUCGUACACGUCGAUCCAGAGCAUUCCAAACAUGCUCAAUGGAUGACAUGUCUGGUGAGUGGAAGAACCACGAAUUGUGUACAGAUCCUUGCAACAUGGGGCCGUGUAUUAUCAUGCUGAAACAUGAGGUGAUGGCGGCGGAUGAAUGGCAUGACAAUGGGCCUCAGGAUCUCGUCAUGGUAUCUCUGUGCAUUCAAAUUGCUAUCGAUAAAAUGCAAUUGUGUUCAUUGUCCGUAGCUUAUUCCUGCCCAUACCAUAACCCCACAGCCACAGUUGGAACUGGGAUUCAUCCGUGAAGAGCACACUUCUCAAGCGUGCCAGUGGCCAUCGAAGGUGAGCAUUUGCCCACUGAAGUUGUUUACGACGCCGAACUGCAGUCAAGUCAAGACCCUGGUGAGGACGACGAGCACGCAGAUGAGCUUCCCUGAGACGGUUUCUGACAGUUUGUGCAGAAAUUCUUUGGUUGUGCAAACCCACUGUUUCAUCAGCUGUCCGGGUGGCUGGUCUCAGACGAUCCCGCAGGUGAAGAAGCCGGAUGUGGAGGUCCUGGGCUGACAUGGUUACACGUGGUUUGUGAGGCCGGUUGGACGUACUGCCAAAUGAUCUAAAACGACGUUUGGUAGAGGAAUUAACAUUAAAUUAUCUGGCAACAGCUCUGAUGGACAUUCCUGCAGUCAGCAUGCCAAUUGCAUGCUCCCUCAAAACUUGAUACAUCUGUGGCGUUGUGUUGUGUGACAAAACUGCACAUUUUAAAGUGGCCUUUUAUUGUGCCCAGCACAAGGUGCAGCUCUGUAAUGAUCAUGCUGUUUAAUCAGCUUGAUAUCCCACACCUGUCAGGUGGAUGGAUUAUAUUUUUUUAGGGGGUAGAUCAGCGUUAAUAUUGCAGAUAGAUGUAACUUCCAUCAAUGUAAUUGUCCGCAUCACUUCCAAUCCCCCAUGUUUUUUUUCUUGCAAAUAUAUAUAUAUAUAUAUAUAUAUAUAUAUAUAUAUAUAUAUAUAUAUAUAUAUAUAUAUAUAUAUAUAUAUAUAUAUAUAUAUAUAUAUAUAUAUACACACAGUGGGGGAAAAAAGUAUUUAGUCAGCCACCAAUUGUGCAAGUUCUCCCACUUAAAAAGAUGAGAGGCCUGUAAUUUUCAUCAUAGGUACACGUCAACUAUGACAGACACAUUGAGAUUUUUUUUCUCCAGAAAAUCACAGUGGGAUUUUUAAUGAAUUUAUUUGCAAAUUAUGGUGGAAAAUAAGUAUUUGGUCACCUACAAACAAGCAAGAUUUCUGGCUCUCACAGACCUGUAACUUCUGCUUUAAGAGACUCCUCUGUCCUCCACUCGUUACCUGUAUUAAUGGCACCUGUUUGAACUUGUUAUCAGUAUAAAAGACACCUGUCCACAACCUCAAACAGUCACACUCCAAACUCCACUAUGGCCAAGACCAAAGAGCUGUCAAAGGACACCAGAAACAAAAUUGUAGACCUGCACCAGGCUGGGAAGACUGAAUCUGCAAUAGGUAAGCAGCUUGGUUUGAAGAAAUCAACUGUGGGAGCAAUUAUUAGGAAAUGGAAGACAUACAAGACCACUGAUAAUCUCCCUCGAUCUGGGGCUCCACGCAAGAUCUCACCCUGUGGGGUCAAAAUGAUCACAAGAACGGUGAGCAAAAAUCCCAGAACCACACGGGGGGACCUAGUGAAUGACCUGCAGAGAGCUGGGACCAAAGUAACAAAGCCUACCAUCAGUAACACACUACGCCGCCAGGGACUCAAAUCCUGCAGUGCCAGACGUGUCCCCCUGCUUAAGCCAGUACAUGUCCAGGCCCGUCUGAAGUUUGCUAGAGUGCAUUUGGAUGAUCCAGAAGAGGAUUGGGAGAAUGUCAUAUCGUCAGAUGAAACCAAAAUAGAACUUUUUGGUAAAAACUCAACUCGUCGUGUUUGGAGGACAAAGAAUGCUGAGUUGCAUCCAAAGAACACCAUACCUACUGUGAAGCAUGGGGGUGGAAACAUCAUGCUUUGGGGCUGUUUUUCUGCAAAGGGACCAGGACGACUGAUCCGUGUAAAGGAAAGAAUGAAUGGGGCCAUGUAUCGUGAGAUUUUGAGUGAAAACCUCCUUCCAUCAGCAAGGGCAUUGAAGAUGAAACGUGGCUGGGUCUUUCAGCAUGACAAUGAUCCCAAACACACCGCCCGGGCAACAAAGGAGUGGCUUCGUAAGAAGCAUUUCAAGGUCCUGGAGUGGCCUAGCCAGUCUCCAGAUCUCAACCCCAUAGAAAAUCUUUGGAGGGAGUUGAAAGUCCGUGUUGCCCAGCGACAGCCCCAAAACAUCACUGCUCUAGAGGAGAUCUGCAUGGAGGAAUGGGCCAAAAUAGUAGAAAUGCACGAAAUAAGCUUUUUGUGCGUAUGGAACAUUUCUGGGAUCUUUUUUUUCAGCUCAUGAAACAUGGGACCAACACUUUACAUGUUGAGUUUAUAUUUUUGUUCAGUGUAGAUGUCCCUUUCCAUUCAAAUGGUGAGUGCACUGUUCGGAUGCUGGACUUAUUUUUGAGUAGACGAAAUUGCGCAGGUAUCUGACAAUUAGAUGAAAACAUCAUGACUGGUUGUGUUCAAGACACAUUUAAAGGUAAUACAGUGAGGGAAAAAAGUAUUUGAUCCCCUGCUGAUUUUGUACGUUUGCCCACUGACAAAGACAUGAUAAGUCUAUAAUUUUAAUGGUAGGUUUAUUUGAACAAUGAGAGACAGAAUAACAACAAAAAAAUCCAGAAAAAUGCAUGUCAAAAAUGUUAUAAAUUUAUUUGCAUUUUAAUGAGGGAAAUAAGUAUUUGACCCCCUCUCAAUCAGAAAGAUUUCUGGCUCCCAGGUGUCUUUUAUACAGGUAACGAGCUGAGAUUAGGAGCACACUCUUAAAGGGAGUGCUCCUAAUCUCAGUUUGUUACCUGUAUAUAAUAAUAAUAAUAAUAAUAAUAAUAAUAAUAAAAGACACCUGUCCACAGAAGCAAUCAAUCAAUCAGAUUCCAAACUAGAAUCUGUAGACCUACACAAGGCUGGAAUGGGCUACAAGACCAUCGCCAAGCAGCUUGGUGAGAAGGUGAUAACAGUUGGUGCGAUUAUUAGCAAAUGGAAGAAUCACAAAAGAACUGUCAAUCUCCCUCGGCCUGGGGCUCCAUGCAAGAUCUCACCUCGUGGAGUUGCAAUGAUCAUGAGAACGGUGAGGAAUCAGCCCAGAACUACAUGAAAGGAUAUUGUCAAUGAUCUCAUGGCAGCUGGGACCAUAGUCACCAAGAAAACAAUUGGUAACACACUACGCCGUGAAGGACUGAAAUCCUGCAGCGCUCGCAAUGUCCCCCUGCUAAAGGAAGCACAUAUACAUGCCCGUUUGAAGUUUGCCAAUGAACAUCUGAAUGAUUCAGAGGAAAACUGGGUGAAAGUGUUGUGGUCAGAUGAGACCAAAAUGGAGCUCUUUGGCAUCAACUCAACUCGCCGUGUUUGGAGGAGGAGGAAUGCUGCCUAUGACCCCAAGAACACCAUCCCCACCGUCAAACAUGGAGGUGGAAACAUUAUGCUUUGGGGGUGUUUUUCUGCUAAGGGGACAGGACAACUUCCCCACAUCAAAGGGACGAUGGACGGGGCCAUGUACCGUCAAAUCUUGGGUGAGAACCUCCUUCCCUCAGCCAGGGCAUUGAAAAUGGCUCGUGGAUGGGUAUUCCAGCAUGACAAUGACCCAAAACACACGGCCAAGGCAACAAAGGAGUGGCUCAAGAAGAAGCACAUUAAUGUCCUGGAGUGGCCUAGCCAGUCUCCAGACCUUAAUCCCAUAGAAAAUCUGUGGAGGGAGCUGAAGGUUCGAGUUGCCAAACGUCAGCCUCGAAACCUUAAUGACUUGGAGAAGAUCUGCAAAGAGGAGUGGGACAAAAUCCCUCCUGAGAUGUGUGCUAACCUGGUGGCCAACUACAAGAAACGUCUGACCUCUGUGAUUGCCAACAAGGGUUUUGCCACCAAGUACUAAGUAAUGUUUUGCAGCGGGGUCAAAUACUUAUUUCCCUCAUUAAAAUGCAAAUCAAUUUAUAACAUUUCUGACAUGCGUUUUUCUGGAUUUUUUUGUUGUUAUUCUGUCUCUCACUGUUCAAAUAAACCUACCAUUAAAAUUAUAGACUGAUCAUGUCUUUGUCAGUGGGCAAAUGUACAAAAUCAGCAGGGGAUCAAAUACUUUUUUCCCUCACUGUAAAUUUGUACAGUUAAAUGACAUAAAAGGUGCGGUUAAAAAAGUAGACACCCCCGAAUGUCACGGUAUAAUUCUCGCUCUGGAUGGCACUUUCAAGUGAAUUUACUGCUGUAUGCUAAUAACCUUAUAUACAAUCCUGACCUUGAAUGCCAGCACUGUAACAAGACGUUUGGAAUUGAUUCAUGGUUUAUUUGAACAGGGAAAUGUACCAAACCUAAGCUGAAGCAUUUAAUGCAUUGAACCAUCAUAAUUAUAUUGAAAAAAUCCACCUUCCUUCGAUUAAGGUUCAAAAUGUUAUGGCCCCCCUAAACUGGGUCUGUGCACAGCAUUAGCCAUGGUAAAAUGCAUAGAAUAAUCAACAGAAUUGGGUGCUUCUGCCUUGCGUCCAAAUAGAUUUCACAUCUUGCCUCUCUGAAUCAAUACGUUUUGAUGCUGACAUUCUGAUGGAAGGGGUUAGGUCUAACAGAGAGAUGAGCUGGAGGGUUCAGUCUUCAGCCCACACAUGGCUGUCAAGCCGAGGGCAGUAAAGUGUGUUAGUAGUUUGAGCCCACAGUGUUAGAUCUAAUGUGCUCCACCACCACAGGACAGCCACCAGCUGGACAAUGGACUCCAGCUUUCAGUGCCCCCGCACAAACUCUUGUUUCAUAAGCUCACAUUUUAAUGGAAGUAAGGCACUUCACUAGAAUCGCUUUCUGUAAAUACUGUCUCAGAAAUUGAAUACAUAGCCCUUUUUAAAGCUCUGUAUAUUCUAUGGUAAUAUGCACGUAGGCCUAUAUAAUGGCAAUAUAUUACAGCUACUCAGCUAUCCUGGAAAGCAGCCCAUCCAUCAGCAGACUUUAGUAGUUCCAGUCAUCUCAUUCUCACUGUUCAGUGGCUCAGAGAGAGAUGGCGCUGGAAACUAUUCAGCCCAAAGAACCCUGCUGUACAGGGCUCUCCAGUUGAGACAGCUACUUUGUUUGUGCUUAUAGCCUCCAACCUAUAAUGAUUCCUCCUUUUCCUGUUCUUGCCGUGGGUAUUGUGUGUGUGUGUGUGUGUGUGUGUGUGUGCAUAUGUCUGUCUGUCUGAAGGCCCUGUGGUAAACAGACCACCUUUAGAGUGUUUAUGAGCUCGCCACACCACAGCUGUUCAUCUGGGUUGGAUCCACGCACUGUUCAAAUGAACACUGCUCAUCAAUAGCUACUUACUCAUGAAUGCAGAAUGACUCAAUUGCAUUCUAUAAGGAAUAUUCAAACGCUUCUGUAUGUUUUUUCAGAAGGCUUGCUCAAUGUUUGGCGUCUGUUGUGACACAUUUUGUCAAUCACAUUUGUCCUUAGGCCAUUCCAUAAGAAAAUAGCAGAUCGAGUAAUUGAUAAUUAUGACUAUAAAUAGCUACCAAUCCCACCAUACAACAGCUUCUAUUCCUAGCUACUGGAAGUGACACUACUGACCCUGAUUCACCUCAGUAUUCGUUCUAAUAAUUACCGCAGAGACCCCAAGUUGUAAUGAAGACUUAUCUAAGUACUAACAAAGAGAACAGUUAUUAGCAGUUUUGGCACUUAAUCACAACACAGCCUAGGGAUAUUUACCAGAUGAUUCCGACACCUCCCCAUUGUGAUGCGUCUUGUGUGUUGAUAUUCUUUAUUAGUAUGUCAAUGACUCAGAUCAUGUGACACUAAACAAAUCAAAGGCCUCUGUAAUGAGCUUGGGUGUUUUAUCACAGGGAUUUGAUGGAGCCCAGACAGGACGUCAGUUUGGUUCAGAUGUGUAGGUGGAGACGAUUGUGCUUUUGUGGAUUAACUGAUUUACUGACAGGGCUCUAAUUCCAUGUUGUGUCACGAUGCGAGUUGUGUCGUGAGCUAAUGGGGAAAAGUCUCCAUGGAACAGACAACUCGGUCAUAGUAGAUUAAGUUUGUGUGUUUGUAUUUAUGUUUCUCUCUGUAUGUGUCCUCGGUGCUUGGCAGUGCGCAACUUUCACACAGUGCUCCUGUCAAGUACAGGUGACGCUGGAUGGGAUCUGGUCUUCUGAUAAUGUCUAUUUAUGAACAGAGUAGGGACAGGACUGCCUGCCGAUGCCGGAGGGUCACUCCAUGAAGCCAGAAAUAAUAAUCAAGUUCAGAGAGAGCUCAAGAGUGCCCAUUAGUCGCAGAGUCCAACAUCCCACACACUCGAUCAGCUUUAAGCCCUUGCCACCCACACUCACAAAUAGACACAUCUCCAGUCUCACUUCUGUCUAGCCAUGAUAGACGCUGCAUGGAAAUUUCAAGAGCACUUUUUCUUGUUUAGAGCAAUUCUAUAUUUACAGUUGUCUGUCGCAUUUUUCUCAUGCUCCUAAGUGCUCAGAAGUGUUUGAGGACUUAUUGGAAUUCCAUAUGUCCAAAUCAGCCACCUCUAGUGCAUGGCACUACGGCACUGACUGAUGUCAUAUUAACGUUGUGUUGUCUUUUGUCCACAGGUGGCUGUGAAGAACAACAUUGACGUCUUCUACUUCAGCGGGCUUAUCCCACUUAAUAUUUUCUUUGUGGAGGACGGUAAAAUGGGUACGUGCGUCUGGAAGCAACACUCUCAAACACUCAAUAUCCAUGUCAUUACCAUAGCAGAGUAAUUAUCACCAAAGAGUUUGAAGAGUUUAUUUUAUACCAACACAAGGACCUUUGUACAAGUCAAGUGUAAAUUAGCAACUUCACAGGAAGUAGCUCCCCGCUCAGUUCUGGUGUCACUCUUAUUUCUCCCCCCCAUCUUCAUCUGCCUCAGAGCGACAGGUGUUCCUGGCCACCUGGAAAGAUAUCCCAAAUGAGAACGAGCUGCAGUACCAGAUCAAGGAGUGCCACUUAAACGCA